CAAGCAGCUUCUACUGAAUCACUAAGUUCCGUUACAGCAAUUUCUGACAACCUCACGCUGGGCUCAAUAAAUCUGGAAACUAAAUUUGAAGAUUACUUGAUGGAAAAUAUGGCAAAACUGAAUUUGAAUGUUUCGGUGAUUGCUCAAUUCGUCGAUGCGUUCUCCGAACAAGUCCAGUAUGCAUUUUACAUGGACUAUCCAGAAGAGGUCGCUAUCUCACAAAAUGAUGCCAAUGGGAAUAUCAUCGAAUUCACUUACGAAGAACUCAAUAGAAUUGUCUUCAAGGAAUUUAUUGAAAACAUAACAGAAUACAUAUUAAAUGUUGAUAAAACUCACGGUCAAUGCAAGCUAUUUCUUUCUGGAAAAUUCCCUACUACAACGGAGAACAAGUACAUAUAUCAAAAACAGUCUUAGACGAAUCCACCAAAAGUUUUAACAGAAAUGAUGCUUACGACUUUAUUAUCGGAAUUGAUUUCGGUACAAGUUAUUCUGGCUGCUCGUAUGUUCAACUCAAGGAUAAGCAUGGCAAACCUAUGGCUACAGAAAAUAUUAAGACUAUAAAAGAGAAUUGGCCAGGAGACAAUCUACUUAAGUUUGGAAAGACUCCAACAUUGUUAACGUACGAUAAAAAGAUGAAGCCGAAAUAUUGGGGUGAAAAAGCAAGACUUCAAAGCAAUCAGCACAAAGAUCUCAAUCUUCUGCAAAAUUUUAAAUUAUUUUUAUGUCCAGAAUCUUUGGAAAACUUCUAUGGUAAAAAUCAAGAUCUGGAAGAAAUGAAGGAGCAAGGGGGUUUCGCUGAUAUUGAGACCCCAAAGAAAGGGAACAAAAAUGAAGUGUUUGUAGUACAAGUCAUUGCAGAUUAUCUGAAGCUCUUUAAAAAACAUGUUGUUGAGUAUAUCGUCACCAAAGAAAUGAAUGAAAACUUUAAUGUUUUCACCAGGGCAAAGCUUUUAAAAAAAUACAAGAUAAGAUAUGUAAUCACAGUACCUGCAAUGUGGAACGCAUCAGCUCGAAAUACCAUGGUACAGGCCGCCAUUGAAGCUACAAUGAUAAAAAAAGAUGAAAUAGACCAGCUUCUUAUAAUCAGUGAACCUGAGGCAGCAGCAUUGUACUGUGAGAAGAGAUUUUCCACAUACUUUCGAGAAAGCGACAUAAAUGAUACCAACUUUAUUAUGUGUGAUGCUGGCGGAGAAACAGUAGAUUCAGUUAUUUUUAAUUUAAAAACCAAUGAAAGAAAUGAGCCAAUGCUUUGUCAAAUUGAUGAUGGUGUUGGUGAUAUGUGCGGCUCAAAGUAUCUCGAUGUAAGGUUUAAAAACUAUAUCUGUGAAUUUUAUAAAGGCGUUGGAGUAAAUAUAGACAAAGAAAAUGUCCUUCUUGAUGAUGUUAUGCGGACUUUUGUAACAAAGCACAAGCCUGAUUUCAUGCCUAAUUGUCAAGGCGAUAGUUAUUUUGAUAUUGAUUUGCCUGGGAAGAUUGCUAUAAACUUUCCCAAUAAUAAUAGCUACAGAAUGGUUAAUGGGAACAAGACUCUUAAAAUGAAGAACAGGGAUAUGAAAGAGAAAAUAUUCGACCCUGUUGUUGAUCGUAUCCUUGCCCUGAUUGAUGAACAAAUUAGGCAGGCAAAAAAACGACAUAGAAAAAUUGAUGCUAUCUUGAUGGUUGGUGGCUUUUCCCAAUCCAGAUACCUGCAGCAGCGCAUUAAAGACCAAUAUAGAUACGUGUGUGCUGUCAGCAUCCCUUUCGAAGGUGUCACGGCUAUUUCUAACGGUGCUGUAUCUUAUGCCUUGAAUCCACGUUUGAUAACAAAAAGAACUGCCGGACAUUCCUUAGGCUUAUUGGUACUGGCACCUCUUAAAAAAGGUCUGGCGAAUUCACAUAAGAGAAAAGUGAAAGGCCCUGACGGAGAGGAGAAUUUUGAAAAAGAUCGAUUAGAAUAUUUUGUAACAAGGGGCCAGCAAUUAGAAGACGAGCGAAGAGUGUAUAAGAAAGAUGUAUAUGUUGUAUACCCCAAUGAUGCAGUAAUAGCAAUUUUUUCUUGUGACUCUGAGGAAAAUGCUAAUAACAGAUACCUUACAAUGAACCAUACUAAGAUAGUUGAAGCCAAAAUUAUUAUGCCAUCAAUGGUUGGGAUAGAUGGGAAAUUAAUUCACUUCACAAUUAGUCUCCAGAUAAAGCAUAUUGGAGUUAGUGUUAUUAUUGAAUGUCAAGAUCAGCUAAUUAAUGCAGAAGUACAGAAGAUCACCAGAAAUCAAAGGUCUUCUCUUAAAAUUGUGCCCAAGUGUAGCCUAAAUAAGGCCCGUUCCAAACACCCUUUAAUUUCAUAUGAUUUGGUACAAAACGGGCUAUCUACUGUCUGAUAUCAGAGAGAACAGAAAACAAUAAUAGGUUACGUCGUUUAAAUAAGUUUU